UAACUAUGAAAAUGUUUGCAAUCGAGUUUUAAAAAUUGAUGGUAACAGAGAUAGUGAACGCAAAGAAUUUUGUAUGAAACUUGUGAGAAAUUUAGGGUGUUAUAAUUAUGAAUAUGAGCGUUACAAUCCUAGUAAGGAGGAUUGUAUUGUUUUAUACUAUUGGAUAUAUAGUUCAUUAAAAAAGCUUGGUAUUGAAGCAGAUAUUAUUACUCCAGUUUUUUAUGAUAAUUAUAGUAAAUUGUGUACGUACAACAGAAAAGUUAAUUGUUUUUAUUAUGAUUAUUACGAUAAUUUUUUAGACCCAUUGAACAUGAUAUUCUUGGAUAUUUUUCAACAUAAUAUAGAUAUUAUAAAAAAGGCGUUGGAUGAUUCAGAUGAUAAAUUUAAUGAUAAAUUGCAAAAGUAUAUAUGUGAAUGCAUUUAUAUAUAUAAACUAUUGCAUAAUAAAUAUUGCGCUAAUAAUAAUUAUUAUUAUAAUAAUGAUUAUCUAAAGAGAAAAAACACGUGUAGCAUGUUAAAUGUAUUUAAGUAUACAUAUGAUUCAUUUCUUAGGGAAAAAUUCUACAAAAAAAUAUAUGUUAUACCAUACAUAGAGGAUUUAGAAAGGAAUUAUUCUACUACUUGUAUAGUUCCAGAAAGUGAAUUAAAUCAAGAUGUUAAUAUUCCUAAAGGUAUACAAACAUCAUUCAAUCAAGGGAAUGAUCCUAGUCCAAUUACAGAUAAAUUAGAACUUCCAACGGGAGAUCAUAAUGAAAUUCAUGAUAGCUCUUCGCGUUCAAGAAUACCUUAUGAUAAAUAUAAAGAUGAAAUUUUACGUUCAAAGGAAGUUAUUGAAAAAAUUCCAAAUAUUUAUAUAUCACCUCUUGUACGCGAAAAACUUGAUACCUUGGCUAAUGAAUCUAAUAGCACAGGUAGUAGGCGGUCAACUACAACAGCUCUUUCUACCGUGGGUGUAGUAUCUUCCGCAUUAGCUUUAUUAUAUAAGGUAUA